AGUCAGCACUCCGACAACUUAUCGAAAAUGACUUCCGUCGCUUUACUGGUGAUAAUCUACAUUUCCAUUGUGAUUUUCGGGCGCUGUCAAGUGGACGGACGACGUCCACCAAAGAAACCGACCUUCUACGACUACGAUGAUGAAUCGGACAUGUUUGAAAAGAUGACGGACCAGGACUAUGAGGUCCAGUCGAACUGUCGCAAAGGCCAAGAUGUGGACGCCAUGGACGAGGUACUGGACACCAGUGACUUGGAUUUGAACCCAGAUUACCGCAUGGGCAAGAAUAUGGCACGUUCACAGCGCAAGUCGCACCACAAGUUUCCCGAUUCGUGGGCCAUGUUGGUCAAGGAGGGAAAGGAGGAAAUGCAGCUGGAGAAAGUGAAGCGAGGCACCCACUUGGGUGCCGACUGCCACACGAUCGACGAGGGGGACGAGGAGCAGCACUAAAAUACACUCCGCAUUGACCACUUAAAUUCCAAUUUUAUAUUUUUAUUCCAAUUUUUAUAUUUGUUAUUCAUGUUUUAUUCGUCGUUCACAGAAAUAC